UUCACACCUUCAACCCUCCCUAGCCUAGGUACCUAGGUAGAUAUUUAAUUGAAUGACUGCACAUGUGGGCUUACAUUGAUGUUCUCAUCAUAGCCUUUUCUUUCACGAUUAUCGAUUAUUCGGACUUAUCACAUCAUGCACAUGUUUCACAAACUACCAAAUCCAUACAAAUCAACAUUGAACAAUCAAGACUACACAUGUUCUUAUUUUCACAGCGCAAAAUACUUCAGGCACAACACGUGAUACUACCUCAAAAUUGUCGAUAAUACCUUUUUCACAAUUUAGACGGGCCAUUUGAUUCAGAUUCACUGGGCAUCGGAUUAACUUCCCUACCGUGCUUGCGCAUAUAUCGCAAUGCCGUUCGACGACGAAGACCUCACACUCGGCGCGCCUGCCCUAACACCAUCUGCUGGAGAUCAUCAUGGCGGCGGCACAGACGAUGCGCCAUCGCUCGAGGAUGCGCUCGGAGACGAGAUGCAGGACUUCCGGCUCUUUUCCUCCUUGUUUGACAAGAAGCAGGCGUCGGGCAAGACGCUGCGCCGCGGCGAGAAGGACUUCGAGUCCCACGGCACGCGGGCGCAGGAGGGUGCUCUUGAAGCCAGCCGCACGGCGAUGCACGAGGUCCUGAGCUACACCCGCCGGCACAAGCCCAAGGACCACACCAGGGCGUGGUAUUUUCCGGACAAGUGGGUUGAUGUGCCGGCGGAGGAGGAGAGGGAAGGGGAGAAGGGCGCGGGCUUAUUUGCGAGGGAGCGCGUUGUCGCGGUUGAGAGUGAGAUCAAGGGCCCGCUGGGCCAGAAUACGGGGCGCGUGGUCACGGGCCUCGAGGGGUACAAGCACACGCCCGGAUGGCUGAAGACGUGGCUGCUGCCCGAGGAAGCGCUGUAUAUGGUCGAGAGAGGCUCGUUGGAUCUCUGGUGGCCUGCGCGCGGCAUCGAGGAUAUAUUCCUGGAGAAGAAAGUCGGCGAGGAGGGUGAUGAUGCGGAUAAAGAGUUCGAAGAUUACGAGCUCGGGAUACCGCUUAGCUUCCAAGCGGUGUACUCCCUCCUCAUCGGCGCAGACGGCGAGAGGGGGAAAGUCAGCCUCGAGAAGUACCAGGUCUACGCCAACCUCCGACGGACGGGCUACAAGGUGAUGCGCGCAACACUGAUGCCCUUGCCGCCACCUACCCCGCCGAAACCGCCGUACCAAGCACUAUGGGAAUGGCUGUUCACUUUAGUACUCCCGUCCAAAAACCCGCAAUCCUCCUCCUCCUCCCACCCCUCCUACGGCCCCCUCGUCAAGCCCGGCCUCUAUCGCUCCUACAACCAAAUCUUCUCCCCCCUUGCCCUCCUCCCCCGCCACAAACCCACCCCCCACCCCUCCCCCUCCACGCCCGCAGCCGAAGAACCGUUCAACAUCCACUACGACGUCUGGAAGAGCUCCACGCCGUUCCCGAAAACCAAGCCCCCGCCCCCGGAAUUCCGCAUCGCCGUCGUCGACGCGCGCGACUCGGCCGUGCCGACGCUGCAGCAGAUGACGGCGUUAUUGGAGCGGUGCACGCCGUGGGAUCCGCCUGAACAACCUAACCCAAACCAGAAAGGGGGAAGGGGGGGAGGACAGCAGGUGGCGCCGGGACAGGUGUACAGACGCCUGAAGCACGGCUGGCGCAACGCGGUUGUGGCGGUCGUGGACAGGGGGAUUAUUAGUUUUGUUAGGUUCGGGGAGAUGGCGUUUGGAGAGGAGAGGCUGUUUGAGAGGAUUGGGGGUGGGGGAGGAGGGAGAGGUAGGGGAAGGGGGAAGUGAUGAAGACUGUUUGAAGGUGUGAGCUGUCUUGGACUCGAUUGCGAAGUGUUUGCCGCGCGCAACUCACGAUCCUGCUUAGUGAGCCUUGUUUACUACCUACAUAUACAGUUCCUAGGUUCCUAGUUUAUGUGUUGAAGUCUCCGUUUUAGGAGUCUUUAACUACCUGGAUACCUAAAGGGGGCUUUCUUCUGAUUCUUAUCUUCUCUCUUCCUGGGGGAUCAACCAUAUACCUCUUUCUCAUGCCUACCUAGGGUAUCUAAACUGCCCACAUACAGCUACCUAAUAGGCUAUGGGAUUUACAAAAAGACAUAGUUAUUCGAGCAUCAACCUUCAAGUUGAGCAACGAUGCCGAUCCUUACCUAUUCCUCUCAAACACUAUACGGCAUAGUAGUUAUACUAACCUACUGAAAAGGGCUAGCGGG